AUGGCCGGAAAAGAAGAGAAGGAGGGGCCUAUAACCAGGUUCGCGCAAGCGCUCUCCCCUCUACACCCUCACCUUGGGCCCCUGCAGGGCUCACAUGAGGACACGCCUCCUCCUCGCGCCUCCACGGCGCGCAGCCAAUCAGCGUUCCAGGGCGUCGCGGGUGGGACUGCCCCUUGCCCCUCGCACCUCCUCCCGCACGCGCCAGGACACGCCCAUUCCACGGGCCGACCUCCCCAAGCCCUAGCGCCUCGUCAGCAUGCAGCUAGCUGUCGCUGCUUCCUCCCCUGCGGACUUCGGAGGGUCCCCAGGACCGUUGUGUUGCCCUCUCACACUCUCUCGCUGUCCGGUUCCUACCCAGAGGUGUGGGGCGGGACCGAGAACCCGAGAGGCGAUGAGGGAGGCCCGGCGCGGCCUCUCGGAGGCAAAGCGCGGUCUGAGGGAAAUGCCUGGCGAGUCCUGUCGGACCCUCGCGGGACCGGUUCCCACCGCAGCCGGUGGGCAGGGCUUCUCCCCGCCCGGAACUCGUUCUCCGGUCCGCUGAAUGCAGACAGCAAGCCGGGCCGGCCCACCGCACGGGACUGCGGAGGAAGGAGAUUCCUUGGAAUGAAACCAAUGGGAGAUCAGGGUUUGGGAGAGUCUCAUCAGAGCAGAUGGGCCAGCAGCAGCCAGAAAGCUUGUUGCCUUUGGCUGAGAGCACCAUCCUGGAUCUGACGUCUUGUGAGUAAACCCCAGCAGGCUCAGCCUUAGGCCAGAGUGAAGUUGGCCUGCUUCUCCUUGAAGAGGAACCUAAUGUACUCCCACAUCUUCCCUCCCCUCUUGUUGAUGUGAAAAUCACAUUCCCAGAGAGCUCUUCAACUUAAAGCCAUGUUGCCCAUUAACAGCCCUUGGGAGGAUGGCUUCUUAGUGCUUUUGGUCCCUUGGUAUAUUUGAAAGUAUGCUGCAUGAACGAUCAGGAGGCCUGGGUUCUGGAUCUUACCCAACCACAGUUUUUCUUGGGGCCUUAAGCAAAUUUUUCCUCCCUAGGCCACAGUUUUUCCUAGCUAUAAGGUUGUUUAUAAUAACGAUAGUUUCCAUUUAGGAAAUAUUCAUUUUUAUGUGCAACAUAUAAUUUCAUAGAAUUCUUUCAAUAAUCAGUCCUAUGAGAUAGGCACUGUUAUUGUCCCAUCUUACAGAUAAGAAAACUGAGGCUUAAGAAUUCUCAUCCCCUAAACAUCCUAUUCAAAUCUCUAGCCCCCACCCCUGGCCAACACUCCUUUCUCUGCUUUAUUUUAGCUAUAGCACUUAGUUCCACAUGAAAUACUAUAUAUUUUACUUUUUUGUUUUCCCUUUCCCCCUACAAGACUGUAAGCUCCAUUAAGGAAUGGAUUUUGUCUUUAUGUUGUUGUUGCUCAUUUGCUGUGUUUCCAGGGUUUAGAAUAGUGCCUGGCACAUGGUAGGCACUCAAAUAUUGGUUGAAUGAAUAAAAUGGAUGAAUGAUCUCUUGGUAGGAGUAUAAAUUGGACUCUAUAGAAGUCAAUUUUGCAAUGUUAAUUUUCUUUUUUUUAAGAAAAAGCUCCACACUGGGUAUAUCCAACAUAGGGCUUGAACUCAUGACCCUGAGAUCAAGUGCUGAGAUCAA